UUAAGCGAAACAACAUUUGAAUGUUAGUGCUGUUCUUAACUUUUUUUGGAAGAUAAAGAAAUCAACACAAUUAACUACUGUAGUUUUGCAGAGGUGUGGAAGACUAUUGUUCGGAUUUCACGAUGGACAAGAUAUGUGUUUUUGUGUUAAUUUUACUUCAUAAUAUAAAAGAUGUUGGUGCAGACGUAUGUGGACAUUUAACGUACCUAAAACCUGCAAUACAAGGGAGCAAUGUUACAUUACUGUUCAGACCGGACACCUUCAACAAAAACACUACUGUUAGUGUAUAUUAUAGACUGGGUAAUCAAGAACGAAAUAAAAAAUUCCCAUUUGAUAUUAAAGGUGAGGUGUAUCAUAUACAUGUAGCUACAACGGUGGACGACUUUAACUGUACAACUGUUUAUGUGAAAUACGGCGGAUGUUACUCAAAUGGGACGAGGCUAACAAUGAUGAUUAAGUCGGAAAAAGGACAAACUACUAUUGUUGACUCGGGACAAACUACUAUUUUUGAGACGGAACAAACAACUAUUGUUGAGUCGGGUCAUGGAGCAACCGGAAAUGCAUUUUUACACUGGAUUGCUGCUGGUUUUGGAGGACUUGUGCUUCUCAUAACGACUGUGGUGCUCAUCAUUUAUCUCAGAAAAAGAAAGAAGCGUGCCGAAAAGCCUGGCCAAAGAAAUGAACCAAACGUUGCUCAGUAUGUUACUCGUUCGACUCUGAGUAAAGAAGUAACUGACACUGAAGUAGUGAAGCCUCGCACUGUUAUGUCAAACACAGAAGGAGCAGUUACAAAAACAGAGGAGAAAACAACGGGCGCAUUGAUUUACGCAGACCUUGACAUUGAACUCUUGGAAGCGGCACGUAGAGCGAGGAAGGAACAAACCCCAUCGGCGCCUACGGAGUAUGCGGACAUCCGGUUUGCAACGAGGUCACAACUUAGGGGAAAGGAAAAUUGA